AUGCAAAAGUUAGUGGUGGCGGUAUCGUUUCUGGCGUCCCUGAGCGGCGUCUCUGCGGGUCAAUGCAGCGUCUUGUAUCAGCUGGAGGACAUGUCCCUGUGCCAGCUCCAGUUGCCCUUCAGUCCCUACUUGAACUACGGCUGCGUCUGCUCAAACAUCGCCCCCAACAAACCUGUCGACAACAUUGACAGGUAUAGGAGAACUUCAAUUGCCCGACUUCUUUCAUUCUCAAUCUUUCCAAGCGAAGCUAGUUUUCUAGAAGCGACAGGGAUUCAACCUCUAAAAGACUUAACUUCUCGCCAUUAAGCCAUUUUGAAGUUGAAGCCAUCCAAAAAAUAAAAAUAGACUUUCAGAUGUUGUCAAGUACAUGACACCUGUUACAACAAGGCGAUCAAGAGCAACGUGUGCAAAAAUAAAAAUGCCCCAUUUUAUUGCGUCUACUCCUGGAGCUGCAACAGACACAAAAUCGUCUGUAAAGGUUAGUGUCUAGAACAUAAUAAAAUGAUAUGAAAAUUCUAGUGACAUUUGAAAAUCGUCCUAGUUUGAAAAAAAAUUUUUAACCGGAGAACUUGGUUGUAAAAAGCAAAACGAAAAAUCGGGUAUAGUCUGUUUGUAUUUUUAAUGUCAAGUACAACGACGUCAUUCAAAAACUCUGUGGAUUGCUCGCUCUCUGAUUGGUUUAUCGCACCAUUAGGGGCGGAGCUUGAGCCACGACUUGACAUUCAAAAUCUGAACAGACUAUAUACCUCAUUCUCCCCGAAUAGAAACAGCCUGCGCGUUUUCUCUGAGCAGCAAUACAAGGAUUGAAAGAGCAUGAGAAAACUGAAAAGGACGGGAAAAUCAGAGUCGUGGCGAGAGAGAAUGAUUUUCUGCAGCUGAGAUUUUUUCAAAAUUAUUUUAUAGAAAAUUUUGAUGAGAAGAAGCUUUACAGAUUCUUGUCCCUGCCUGCAACAGACGUGCGAGUGCGACAGGAAGCUCAUCGAGUGUCUUUCCAAAUAUUCCUAUCCGUCGCAUUCCAGAAAGUGUCCUGCAAGCCAUCAUAACAUUGUGGCAACUCCCUGGAUGGUCAACGUCUCCGAAGUUGAGCCUCCGAAAUGA